UGUCUGGUUAUUGAGAGGGCGUGGGGGAUGUGCAUGGAUUCUGAUUCCAGCUUUAUCAUUGGGACGCUGAAUGCCGUCUGUAAAGAGCCUCUUUUGUGCUGCGUUCGGACAGAUGCGCUCGCUGGCAGAAUAUUUAUAGCGGUUUAGGAUGUGGACACAGAUUCCACAGUAAAUGUAAGCAGUAAUUGCCUUGUCAAGAUGGAGGGGCUUCUGCAAGAGGAGCUUUUUUCUCCUUUAGCUGGUGAUGCCCGAACAAAGCAGAUGUGUCGGUGCAGGUCUUGAUUUCUAUAUUAAACACAAUCUGGUCGGUCGGUGGAUGUUUAUGUGAUUCUCAGGUCACCGUGGGUCUUUGUGCAUUAUGGGAAGGGCAUCUCAUACAAUUGACUGCAGGGAAUUUUUGGAUUUGGAUUUUGCAUCGAUGGUGAAGAGGUCAGAAGAUAGUUCAAGAUGGCUGCAGCGUCGUAUGACCAGCUGCUGAAGCAAGUGGAGGCGUUGAAGAUGGAGAACUCCAAUCUGAGACAAGAACUUGAGGACAACUCCAACCAUCUCAACAAACUGGAGACAGAGGCAUCUAAUAUGAAGGAGGUUUUGAAGCAGCUACAAGGAAACAUUGAGGAAGACUCACAAGAUUCCCAAGCACAAAUGGAUUUUUUGGAAAGAAUUAAAGAAAUGAGUCUUGAUCCCGGCACUUUCUCUGGUGUGAAGCUGAGGUCCAAGACCUCUCUGCAGGGCUCUGGUUCGGCUCAUUCGACCGACAGCAGCCCCAGUCCCAGUCCCAUGAGCUCCUUCUCCAGAAGAGGGGUAACCGGCGGGACCAGAGACAGCGCUGGGUAUCUGGAGGAGCUGGAGAAAGAACGGUCUUUAUUGGUGGCUGAGUUGGAAAAGGAAGAGAAGGAGAAAGAUUGGUAUUAUGCUCAGUUACAAAACCUCACCAAACGGAUUGACAGUCUGCCACUCACUGAGAAUUUUUCUCUGCAGACCGACAUGACUCGCAGACAGCUGGAAUAUGAGGCCCGUCAGAUCAGAGCCGCCAUGGAGGAACAGCUGGGCACGUGCCAGGACAUGGAGAAACGGGCACAGGUGCGUGUCGCACGGAUACAACAGAUUGAAAAAGACAUGCUGAGGAUUCGGACGCGUUUACCGACUCAGUCGGCGGACUCGGAGGUCAAGCAUGAACCUGUGACCCAGACCGAAGGCGCCCAUGCAUCAGGAGAUCCCGCCAGUGCUGUUUGCUCUCAGGGCUCCAGUUCUCGGCUCGAUCAUGACUCGGUCAGCGAGAUGAGCAGCGCUGGAAGUUACUCAGUCCCGCGUCGACUCACAAGUCAUCUUGGCACUAAAGUGGAAAUGGUGUAUUCUCUUCUGUCCAUGCUGGGGACUCAUGAUAAAGAUGACAUGUCUCGAACCCUCCUGGCCAUGUCGAGCUCUCAGGACAGUUGCAUUGCCAUGCGCCAAUCCGGUUGCUUGCCGCUGCUCAUUCAGCUUCUCCAUGGCAACGACAAGGAUUCGGUGUUGCUCGGGAAUUCUCGCGGCAGUAAAGAGGCCCGGGCGAGGGCCAGCGCCGCCCUGCAUAACAUUAUCCAUUCACAGCCCGACGACAAACGAGGGCGGCGUGAGAUCCGGGUGCUCCACCUGCUGGAACAGAUUCGGGCUUACUGUGAGACCUGCUGGGAGUGGCAGGAGAGCCACGAGAGAGGUGUGGACCAGGACAAAAAUCCAAUGCCCUCUCCUGUCGAGCAUCAGAUCUGUCCAGCGGUUUGUGUUCUGAUGAAACUGUCCUUUGAUGAAGAGCACAGACAUGCAAUGAAUGAACUUGGAGGCCUUCAGGCAAUCGGGGAGCUUCUGCAGGUCGACUGUGAGAUCUACGGCCUGACCAAUGAUCACUACAGUGUUACCCUCAGACGAUAUGCUGGGAUGGCUUUAACUAAUUUAACCUUUGGUGAUGUAGCUAACAAGGCUACACUUUGUUCAAUGAAAGGUUGCAUGAGGGCCAUGGUAGCACAACUGAAGUCAGAAAGCGAAGACCUACAGCAGGUCAUUGCCAGUGUUUUGAGAAACCUGUCAUGGCGAGCUGAUGUAAACAGCAAGAAAAUAUUACGGGAGGUUGGAAGUGUUCGAGCUCUAAUGGAGUGUGCCUUAGAGGUUCAGAAGGAAUCCACAUUAAAAAGUGUCCUGAGUGCCCUUUGGAACCUGUCAGCACAUUGCACUGAAAACAAAGCUGAUAUCUGCUCCGUUCCUGGGGCUUUGGCCUUUUUAGUGAGCACUCUAACAUACAGAAGCCAAACCAACACCCUUGCCAUUAUAGAAAGUGGGGGUGGCAUUUUAAGAAACGUAUCAAGCCUCAUCGCCACGAAUGAAGAGCACAGGCAAAUAUUGAGAGAAAACAGUUGUCUACAGACCCUUCUUCAGCACCUCAAAUCACACAGUCUGACAAUAGUGAGCAAUGCCUGUGGAACGCUGUGGAACCUCUCUGCUAGGAACGCAAAGGAUCAGGAGUCAUUAUGGGACAUGGGAGCAGUUGCCAUGCUGAAGAACCUCAUUCACUCCAAGCACAAGAUGAUAGCUAUGGGAAGUGCAGCCGCGUUGAGGAACCUCAUGGCCAAUCGACCUAUCAAAUAUAAGGAUGCCAACAUAAUGUCCCCCGGGUCCAGUUUACCGUCCCUCCAUGUUAGAAAGCAGAAAGCACUAUUUGAAGAACUAGAUGCACAGCAUCUCUCUGAAACCUUUGAUAACAUUGACAAUUUGAGCCCCAAGGCAUCUCAUAGGGCCAAGCCCAGACUUAAGCAUAACGUGUACGGUGAUUAUGAUGGUGUAUGUCGAUCAGACGGUUACAGUCCUAAUGGAGUCGGAGUUCGCACACCUUACAUGAACAUCCCAGUGCUCUCUAGCCCAUCUUCUCGGGACAGAGGAAACGCAGAAAGCGGCCGAGCCGAAAGAGACAGAAGUUUAGAUCGGGAACGAAGGGGAUUUCAUUCUGAUGCUGAGCCUGCAAAGCGAAUGAUGCAGCUUCCUACAACAGCCGCUCAGAUUGCAGUAGUUAUGGAGGAAGUCCAAAGUAUGCACUUAAGUAUGGAUGAUAGAACAACAGGUUCCACAUCGGACUCUCACGUAGUUCAAGACGACAUGAUGAGACGGCCGACUGCCGUUCAUGGUCACCAAAACCUUUACAGCUACAAAACUGACCCGUCUGGUAGACCGUGCCCAAUUCCCAAACUGGAGAGCAGAGCAUCUAAUGACAGUCUGAAUAGUGUAAACAGCACCGAUGGCUACGGUAAGAGGGGUCAAAUGAAGCCAUCGGUGGUGGACUCCUACUCAGAAGACGAUGAAGGCAAAUGCUGCGUCUACAGAAAAUAUCCUGCGGAUCUUGCCCACAAGAUACACAAUGCAAAUCACAUGGAAGAUGACAAUGGCGAUCUGGACACACCUAUUAACUACAGCUUGAAGUAUUCAGAUGAACAGCUGAACUCUGGUCAACAAAGCCCAAGCCAGAAUGAAAGAUGGGCAAGGUCUAAGCUCACGGAUGGUGAAAUGAAAAGAUCUGAUCAGAAACCACCUAGAUCCCAAAGUCCAGGAUACCCCAUGUACACUGAAGGCAGUAGUGAAGGAGAAGACAAACUGAAAAAGUUUCAGCCUAGGUUUGCUCAACAGGGCAUGUCUGGAUUUAGGCCAAGGGGCUCAAGUGAACAAAUAAACAGUGGCUCCGGUCAUGGGCUUAACAAAAAGAUUUCGCAAACGCUGUGUGCUGUUGAUGAUUAUGCAGAUGACAAACCGACUAACUACAGUGAGCGAUAUUCAGAAGAAGAACAGCUUGAUGAUCAACCUGCAAGUUACGGUCUGAAAUACAAUGAGGAUCGCCAUAUAGAACAGCCUAUUGAUUACAGUUUAAAAUAUCCUGAUGCUUCCUCCAAAAAGGCCUUAUUUAGUCAUUCAAAGCCAUCGUCUGCCCAAAGCUCUGUUAAAGACCAUUUAAGCCAGGAUAGUUCCUCCUCUGUGGCAUCUAUAAAGAAUCAGGGAAGGCAAAAGCAGCUCCACCCAUCAUCUGCUCAAAGCAGAUCAGGACCAACUAGAGCAGUUCAGAAGAACCCAGCCUGCAAGCCUUCCACAAUAAAUCCAGAGACAGUACAGACAUAUUGUGUGGAAGACACUCCCAUAUGUUUCUCACGUGGUAGCUCUUUAUCAUCUUUGUCCUCUGAGGAAGAUGAAAUGGAGAGCUGCAAGCGUAACGUCGGUUCGUCUAAUAACUAUUCAAAUAUGCCUAUAUCAGAUAAAGAUGCCACAAGUGGCAUUACACAAGACCACCGGACAAAUGAGAGCCAGUCAUCAGUGCAUUAUGUCCGCAUGAAGCCACCACGACAUCAAGGAACACACUUGGGACAUGGAGAUGGUUCUAGGCAUCACAAAACGGUGGAAUUUUCAUCCGGUGCUAAAUCUCCAUCCAAAAGCGGUGCCCAAACACCAAAAAGUCCUCCUGAACAUGACGUACAAGAGACUCCUCUCAUGUUUAGUAGAUGUACUUCUGUCAGCUCACUUGAAAGUUUUGAAAGCCACUCCAUUGCAAGUUCUGUGCAGAGUGAGCCAUGCAGUGGGAUGGUCAGUGGAAUUAUCAGCCCGAGUGAUCUGCCCGAUAGUCCCGGACAAACAAUGCCUCCGAGUCGUAGCAAGACACCACCACCUCCACCACCACGAUCCACAUCGGUAAAGCAAAAGGUUACAGUCCCACCCCACUCUGAUAAACAGAAUUUGGCUCCAAGGCAUGCAGUUGUCAAUGCAGCCGUGCAGAAAGUGCAGGUUCUUCCAGAUAAUGAUACUCUUCUACACUUUGCCACAGAAAGCACUCCAGAUGGCUUUUCUUGUGCUUCAAGCCUUAGUGCACUGAGUUUAGAUGAACCAUUCAUCCAGAAAGACAUUGAGAUGAAAAUAAUGCCUCCAGUUCAUGAAGAUGACCACAGUAUCGAGACAGAGCUUGAGAAAGAGGACACUAAAGAGCCCAACGUUCAGGAGAAACCACCAUCAGCAUCUGAAGUUGGAAAUGAUCUCUUAGAUGAUUCAGAUGAUGAUGAUGACAUAGAGAUUCUAGAGGCCUGUAUUAAUUCAGCAAUGCCAACAAAAUCAUCACGGAAACCGAAAAAGCAGUCGCCUUCGAGCACCUCAAGAAUCCCCCCGCCUGUGGCUCGUAAACCAAGUCAGCUCCCUGUAUAUAAAUUGUUACCGUCACAAAGCAGAGGGCAACAGCAAAAACAUGUGACCCUAACCCAUGGUGAGGACAUACCACGUAUAUACUGUGUUGAGGGAACACCCAUUAACUUUUCCACAGCAACAUCUCUCAGUGAUCUCACUAUUGAUUCACCCCCAAAUGAGUUGGCAAGUAUGGAAAGUUCAGCUCCCCAUGCGGAAGGAUCUGGACAAAGACGAGACACUUUACCAGAGGGAAAAAGUGCAGAGAAUACAGAUAUGGGCGUGUUACCUUCCACAAUAUCGGCUGUGGGUGAGAAUGAAGGAGAUGAUAUUCUUGCAGAGUGCAUCAAUUCAGCAAUGCCCAAAAGCAAAAUUCAUAAGCCGUUUAGGGUGCAGAAAAUGUCUGAUCAGACUCAGCAUCCAUCUACCGCCACUGGCAAUCUGGUUCAGCAAGACCUGGAAAAGAAAAAGCCAACCUCUCCUGUAAAGCCUAUGCCACAAAGCAGCGAGUACAGAGCAAGGAUGCUUAAACGGCCAGAGGGUCCCCAUAACUUACCAGAAGCGGUUUCAUACCCAGAUAAAAACAAAGAAACCAAAAAGCAUGAGCCCAAAGUAGCAUCAAAAGAGUUUGCUGAUAAGCCUGCUAAUGCUGAGGAGAGACCACGUCCCGGGUUUGCUUUUGAUUCUCCGCAUCAUUACACACCAAUUGAGGGCACACCUUAUUGCUUCUCUCGCAAUGAUUCGCUUAGCUCCCUUGACUUUGAGGAUGAUGACAUUGACUUAUCUAAGGAAAAAGCAGAGCUGCGCAAAGAUAAAGAGCAAAGAAAAGUUCCACCUUUGAAGUGCAGUGCAGAACAGCCAGUAAACGCCAACAGAGUGCCAGUAUUUCAAACAGCUCCAGCAAAACCAAUUCAAAAACAAGAUAGUUUUUCACAAGCAUCCAAAGAUAAUACAGUAGCACUGUGUGAUGAGAAACAGAAGUUUUCAAUUGAAGACACACCAGUGUGUUUCUCAAGAAACUCAUCGCUUAGUUCACUUAGCGAUAUUGACCAAGAAAACAACAACAAAGACUGCUCGCAUAAAGAUGAUGUAACCCAGAUGGAAGUACCCAGACCGCAAGCCUCUGGUUAUGCACCAAAAGCCUUUCAUGUGGAGGACACUCCUGUGUGUUUCUCUAGGAAUAGUUCUUUAAGCUCUCUCAGUAUUGAUUCUGAAGAUGAUCUUCUACAAGAAUGCAUAAGUUCGGCAAUGCCAAAGAAAAAGAAACAACCACCAAGAAGCAAGAUGGAUGAAGCUGAAGUUAAGGAAGAUAAAAGCAUGAUGGCCGAUGGCAUUUUAGCAGAGGAACCAGAUCUUGUAUUAGACCUCACAGACACACACAGUCCUAUUUCGGAGCAAGCAUUAUCACCAGACUCCGAAUCAUUUGAUUGGAAAGCCAUUCAAGAGGGUGCAAACUCUAUUGUUAGCAGUCUACAUCAGGCUGCAGCCAGUCUCUCCAGACAAGGGUCUUCUGAUUCGGAUUCAGUUCUUUCCCUCAAAUCUGGCAUCUCUAUUGGGUCACCUUUUCACCUUCCAUUAAACCAAGAUGACAACAAGCCUGCUGCAAACAAAGGGCCAAGAAUAUUAAAACCUGGUGAAAAAAGCACUUCAGAGGUAAAAAAGAAUGAUGAGGAAUCUGCCAAGAGCCUGAAAGGUGGGAAAAAGGUAUAUAAAAGUCUAAUAACAGGAAAACCCCGUCCCAGUCUUGAAAGCAUGUCUUCUCAGCACAGGCAAGCUCCAGCACCCGUGAUAUCCAGGGGGAGAACAAUGAUUCAUGUUCCUGGUGUGAGAAGCAGUUCUCCUAGCACCAGUCCGGUUCCUAAAAAACCACCUCCACGUGGUCAAAUGACAAAACCACCCUCCCAGGCACCAGGUGCUGGAAACUCUCAGAGAAACAUAAAAGUGCCAGCAAGUUCUGAACCUAGUCCUGCCAGGGAUCCACCAUCUGCUCCAGGAGGAUCAAGUAAAGGCUCCUCUCGAUCAGGGUCUAGAGACUCUACACCUUCUAGACCGGUUCAGCAAUCACUAACAAGGCCGAUGCAGUCUCCUGGUCGCGCCUCAGUCUCACCGGGUAGAAACGGUCUGACCCCAUCAAACAAAUUAUCCCAACUGCCUCGCACUGCAUCUCCCAGCGCUGCUUCAUCAAAAUCAUCAGGAUCUGGCCGCAUGACUUACACUUCGCCAGGAAGGCAGUUAGGACAACAGACACCAACAAAGCAGAGUGGUUUGCCAAGAAGCACCAGUGGGAUUCCUAGAAGUGAAUCUGCCUCAAAAAGUCUAAACCAGUGUGGAGCCACAGGCCCUUCAAAAAAGGCAGAAUUGUCCCGAAUGUCAUCGACAAAGUCUAGUGGGAGCGAGUCGGAUCGGUCUGAGAAACCUGGACUCGUUCGUCAGUCGACAUUUAUUAAAGAAGCCCCAAGUCCAACACUAAAAAGGAAAUUAGAGGAGUCCGCCUCCUUUGAGUCAUUAUCUCCAUCCUCCCCAAGCCAAUCCCAGACUCCAGUAUCUAGUCCGUCCUUACCAGAUAUGUCACUCUCUUUACCGUACCAGGCGAGUGGUUUGAGAAAGUCCCCCAACGGUCAGAAUUCCGUUGAGAAUGGUGAUGGUAAGUCACUUCGAAGACAUGACAUCUCCCGAUCCCAAUCGGAAAGUCCGUCCAGGCUCCCAAUCAACAAGACUGGAACGUGGAAGAGGGAGAACAGCAAACAUUCGUCAUCUCUCCCAAGAGUCGGCACUUGGAAAAGAACGGGUAGCAGCUCAUCGAUUCUCUCUGCAUCUUCAGAGUCCAGUGAAAAGGGGAGAAGUGAGGAUGAGAGGCAACUCCUCAAUCCUCCUCAGAAAUCUGGCAAAGAGGGAGGGCUAGAACGGAAGGGAACAUGGAGAAAAAUGAAAGAAAGUGAAAUUGCACCUUCUAUGACAUUAGACCUACCAGAACCAUCUAAUGAUGCUGCUUUCUCCAUGGGCGCUGCUAUGUCCAGAACUGAAGAUGUCUGGGUAAGAAUUGAAGACUGCCCCAUAAACAAUCCAAGGUCUAGUAAAUCUCCCACAGCAAACACACCUCCUGUUAUUGAUAGCCAGACAAGCAAGGGGUUUCUUUUUGACAGAGACUCAAAACAGACUCCAGCAAAUGAGACUACACCAAUGGGCCACGUGGGUUCAGAAACCAAUCUGAAUUUGCUCAGGAGUACAGAGUCCCUUGAUAAGAGAGUCACAGAUAUCAAGCCCACACCGAGUAAUCCAAACAUUAGCACGGAGGUUCAUGAAUUCCCAGUAGCUGAACGCACGCCUUUUAGCUCGAGUAAUUCGAGCAAACACAGCUCCCCUAGUGGUGCUGUAGCUGCUAGGGUCAGUCCUUUUAAUUACACACCAAGCCCCAGAAAGAGCAGUGUUGACAGCGCAAUACCUAGACCAUCUCAGAUCCCUACACCUAUUACGAGCAAUGUGAAGAAGAGAGACACUAAAGGGGACACGACUGAAAGUGGAUCCUACAUUGUCACCUCUGUGUAAAGCUAUCUGGUCCAGCGGCAACCAGUAAAAACCUCGUACAGACUCUGGCCUCCGCCGCCGUUAUAUAACUCGUAGUCGCAACCUGCGUUAGGUAACUUUCUAGCUGGUUGCUUGCCUCUAUAUUGUGCUUUCAAAUCCAGAGAGAACACUAUUUGACAAUUUGUACUGUACAGACGUAUGUAUAUAUUUAAUUUAACCAUGCGCCAGGAACCUGUAUGUUGCUUGAAUUGACAAAGAUUACUGCUAAAGGUGGAGUACAUGGGAUGCUGUUAAACUGUUGGUGGACUUCAAUACUAAAUCAUUUCAUUUUUUAAGGAUAACGACUCUAAGCUUGUAUGAAUACAGAUGCUAAACUCAUUCUGCUGUUGCAUAUUGUAUGUUACAUAAUGGAUUGUCUCCUUGCAUGAACCGAUUCAGUGGUAUAGUAUUUCCUAUGAAGAUAAACAUUUCUGUGGACACAUAAACUGUACUGAUAGCUGUAUUGUAACAUUUUACACGUAUGUGUGUGUAUGAGUGUGCGCGCUUUUGAAAGCAAGAAGUAACCUUUGAAUGAUGAUAUUGACAUAGAUUAUAUAUGAAACAUAGAUCCAUUGCUCUGCUGUUUGUGUAUAGUUGUUGCCGGAUGAGGCGAGCGUCUUUUCGAUGGACCUGUAGUAUUGGAAAGGCUGAAAUAAUGUUGAAAAAUUAAAUUAUUCCUGUAGGUUUUGGUGUUGGUACCUUUUAAAAAGCUCAUUAUGCUUACCCUUUUUAUUUUGUUAUUAAGCACAUAAUUCGAUAGAACUGUUUUGCCAAAACCACAGUGUAAAUAAUCACUUUUUUUGUCUUUCAUGCAAUAAAAUGGGCAGAUUGAUGUUUACAAGAUAUUUCCAAUAAAAAUAGUAAAUCUACACAAUAAACUAUCAUUUUUGUGAA